CUCGGCGUUUUGAAUUUGUUGCGACGAUGCCGGCGAUGCGCCGACGCACGUGGUGGACGGAUCCGUUCGUGGUGGCGAACGCGGUUAUUGCGGUGGUGGUGCUAUUCUGCUCCUUCGUGCAUCCCACUAAAUACGUCCGUGUCCAGGGAGCAUGCUCGUCGACGUGGGUCGAUGUGGGACAUCCGUCAAAGGAACCCAUCUGCUGCGACACCGCUGGUGCUGGUGGUCCUUGCUAUUCUUACAUGCGCGAGCUGCACACUCUUACAACCGGACAAGCCGCAUGGACGUUGCCGCUAGCCGUGUUGUUGUUGAACUUUUGCACGGCCAUGUUCCUCCCCAAAGUGUCCAUGCGUCAUGUGACCGCGCUGUUCAGUCGUCUCACGCUGUACUUUCUCGUCAUGACCUUCCGCACGUUGGUCUUGUACGUCUUCUUCAACCGCAUCGAACGCGCGCUCUUUCCCCGCCCCGCGACCUGCUGGUACGCCGAUUUGCGUCGCGACCACAAGUGCAUCGACGGGUUCGAUCAUGCCGACCACAUCGUGCUGUACAUGGUGCAUUUUGUGUCGAUCUCGUGCUUUGAAUGGAAGGCAUUGGGUAUGGAAGCAACCCAUCCGCUCAAGCGCAUCCUCUUGAGGGUGUGGCUGAUUGCCGUCAUCACUGUGGCGUGCUACGGCAUUUACCACACUGCGCAUUCGUUUCACAGGUAUCAAAUACCCAUCAUGUCCGAUCAUCUAUCGCAUCCUGAACGAAUAGUGCGUGGGAGAGCGUUGUGGGCAUGAUCAGUGCCCAAUUGUUUGUGAUGGUGCCGCUGUACCUGUUGACGCAGGAUUCAUGGCGAGAGAUACAUCCGGCGUUGAAAUUGAGCCACUUUGUCUGCCAGCAGUAGAGAUACAUGCAUACAUCGUCAUCCUUGGCGAUUCCUCCCAUCUUGCGGGAGGAAGUGAGCGGCCUCAAGAAGAAUCGCAUAAUGUAACGCUUUACGUACUAUCGUACAUUCCUCCGUACAUUGCGUAUCGGUAUUAAUAUUAUAAUUCAUUUG